CUCCAACAGACAUGUUUGCGACAUCUGAAGGUACUCCAGCACUUUUGAAGACAGUUGAAGAGAAAUAGAAAACAGCAUUUAUUCCAGAUAGUUGUUGCAGUGCCAGCAGAGCAGACCCGAUGAAAACCACUGGAGAAUGCGCAUGUAGAACUGCAAAAAACGAAUCGGAGUCCAUUCGUGAUUACCUGGAUGAAGAAAACGAGAUGUGGAAGCCGUCGGUGAGUUCCGGCGACAGAGUCGGUGGAGAAUCGGUAAACAUACGCCGAUGUGGAAGAAUAGUGACAGUGGAUCUGUCAGAACUGAGAAGUAAAAGGGAAGUAAAGAAAAAGGAGGCGAAAAAUGUGGUAGUUGUUCAGGUGGGGACUGGGGAGGGGGGAAGAAUUGUAUGUCGACAGGUGUUAACGUGCGCCGUGGGUUAUGAAAAUUGAAAAGUUAAUUUGAAUCCGUACAAAUGAAGAAAAAAAGCAAGUGUGGUGGGUUGUAGAUGGUAGUCGACGGAAAGGAGGAAGAGGAACAAGAGACUAACACCUGUCACCUACGAUCUGAAACUUAGAUCUGUUUAAGCGUUGAUUUUCAAUUUCGUCAUCAAUGGCUGAAAGGUGUGACGCGUGGAGAAGAUCCCAAGAAUGUUGAUACUCGUCCUAACUCUGUAACUAUUCUAUGUUUGGUAAAGUUAGAUCCUUAUGCACUUGUUUAUUAUAUUUUUAGUAAAAUGCAAUCUGGUCUGUGGUUUACUGUUU